CUUGCCUUAUAUUUAGAACCAACUAGCUGCACUGCCAUUCUUCAUUAGGCAGUCGCACAGUGGUGGUCACUGGGGCUGCAAAUGCGAGUUUCUUUCUGGGUACUUAAAUAUCCUGCCCGCUGGCCCUGCCAUGGAGACUUCGGAUGAUCAGAAAGACGCCACAACUCACACGCCAGACGACACUGCACUUGAGAAAAAGCCAACGAAAGAGAUCGUAAGAUGAGGCACCGCGAGAAAGGAAAGUUCGGCGCCAUUAGAAAAAGCCACGAGUUGCACACAAUAUGGAUCUAUUCCGCGGCCCGCCACAUAAUCAAUCCAAAGGCUAGAGAGGCCUAUACAUACAGAUCCUCUGGUCACGGACCAUGGCAACCGGUGAUCAAAAACAUUGAAUUUGAAAGGCUGUUGCAGAGGAUACUUUUCCUGAAUGGUCUAGACGACGAAAAAGCAAGAGAAGAUGGGGACAAAGCUUGUGAAGAAGCAGAACUGUCUCAACCCCCGCCAGGCCGGCCACCGAACGAAGAGAUCCAAAAUCGCCACGGCUCGAACGCCCAGCAGACGGGAUUGUCCGAAGAUGGCAUUGGUCAUACAGCUUCACAUUCAGUCAGCCAGUCCUCGCCCGAGCCAACAAACACAGCCACAGCAGUUAAAUGCACAAGAGAACCCCUAGCAGAAUUACACUCUGUCAUCUCAAACAACCGGCAGUUGACGUCGCGAAUGCUCGUUCUUGCGUCUCUAACACGCGUCCCUUCCAAGGAGGCCAUCGUACCGGAGCCACGGACUAGUUCAUCGGCAGCUUCCAUACGUGUUAACUCAAUGGCAGAAGGACAGGUUGAAAUGCGGAAUCAUCACAAUCGCGUGGAAGCAUCCUCUGCUGGCGCAAGACCUGCCAUGAAGCAAGCGAGGCGUCAUGGUGAUCGAAUCAGCCGCAAGAAACGGUAUGCUCGUCUGGAAAAGGAGUUCAAGCGACUGUCACGGAUACAGCAGAUACAUGAGCAAUUGAACAGGACGAGGGCCCAAGUGAGGUAGAAGAGAGUGACUUCGAAAGUGACUUUCGAUCAUGAGCGGGCAACGUGGUGGCCCUUAAACUCGAGCACUGCUCGAUUGCACCAUCACUCCAUAUCCGAGCCCUCAAGCAAACCAAACCCGCUCCUCCGAGUGCUGGGUGCGCUUCAGAUGCUUCCGAGGGGACAACUGUUCAGCUCCGAUUUUGUCAAGCAGGUCACAAGUACGGUAAAGCUCAGGGACGUGAUCUUGUGGGCUCCUAUCCAAACAUACGCCCUAAUCACGCAAUUUUACUAUCCAAGUUCCU